GGCCGUGCUCCUUACGGUGACACGGCGCAGUGUCACCCCCGGGGUGGGCACCGGGCGGGAGGCGGCGGGAGCAGGCAGCCCCGUGUCCGCCGCGGCGGGAUCCGCUCUGCUCUGCCCUGGAGCGGGAUGAGGAGCCCGUUCCCGGCCCGGGGGGACGCACCGUCAGCGCGGGGUGCCCGAUGCCCCCUGCGGGGCCAGGAUGUGGCAGGGCCACUGUCGGAGCAGAGGGCUGCUGUCCCACCGGUGUCCUGCCCACGUCCUGCGUGCCGGCAGCAGGAACUUCCCUUUCCCCGCUGGGCUGGAGGUCUCUGUCCCUGCCCCGCUGUCACCAUCCCGGUGGGAGGGAGGCGAUGCCCAUCCCCGAGCCGUGUCACCCGGUAACUCAGCGGUGGCAUGGUUUGGUGGUGCCACGUGGUGACAGGCACCGGCAGCUCAGGGGACAGGGUGCUGUGUCCCCCCGCGGUGCCCUGGGGCCUCCUGCCACCCCCAGCGCCCGCUCAGCCCCGAGACACGGCUGUGCCCCCGCCGUGUGCCACGGCCACGGCCCGUACCGUGUGCCACGGCCUGUGCCACGACCACCGCCGUGUGCCACGGCCGCCUUGUCCCUCCGGCUCCUCGCGGGGACAGUCCCAGCACAAUCCGCCCUUGUCCGGCCCCGGCACAGCCUGCGCUUUGUCUCGCCGACACAAAGGGGCUGCGCGGCGAGGGGGGCGCGGGGCGGGGGGCGGGGGCUGCCAGCUUCCGACACGAGGGUCUCGGGCAGCUCUGCCCGUGCCCCGCUCCUCCCGGGGGUGCUGCUGUCCCCGUCCCCUCAGCUGGGCACCCCGCGAGCGCUGGGGGCCCCGAGAGGAGCUGCCCUCGCUGACGCGGGAGGUGCUGAUGUGGCAGAGCUGGGCAAGGAGCCGCUGGUCCCGGAGCGCCCCGCAGGGACCCCCACCCACGGGCCGACCCAGGAGACCCCCCGAGUCCCCGCGGAGGAGCAGGGGGGCAUCCCCAUCCCCAGCGCCGGCCUGCUGCAGGUCACCGAGCGCCGACAGCCCCUGAGCAGCGUGUCCUCGCUGGAGGUGCACUUCGACCUGCUGGACCUCACCGAGCUGACCGACAUGUCGGACCAGGAGCUGGCCGAGGUCUUCGCCGACUCCGACGAGGAGAACGCGGCCGGAGAGACGCCCGGCGGGCUGCAGCCGCCGGCGGCGCCGCGGGCCGGGUACCUGCGCUCGCCCUCCUGGACCCGCGCGCGGGAGCAGGGCCGGGACAAGAAGCACCUGAGUGACCCCGAGCUGCCGCCGGGACCCCCGGGACCCCCGGACGCCUUCCUGCCCGCCGAGCGCCCGCGGGAGCCGUAGGGACAAAACCCGCCGGGGGACACCGGGAUACGCCGGCGCCGGUCCCGUCGGUACCGACGGAGCCCGUCCCCGGGCGCAGGACUCCCGUUAGCCCGCCCGGAGGGCAGAGGCGGCCCCAGCCCCGCGGCGGGGACGUACCGGGCCG